GUCAGUAUUCCACACAUCGGUGGCCAAGACGGCACAACACGACGUACCUGGAAACACGAUAUCCAUCUCUACGUGGUGACUCCGUCCGCAUCCUUCGCAUCAAGCCAGGCGGCGGGGCUUUUGAUCAUCGCGACGACCGGCAGUCUGUAUCCUGCCUCGGACGACCAGUCACCUGUGAGCAGCCCCGCAUGUAGCCGCGUGGUCAAAGACCUGCGGGAAGGCGACAGAGCGAGCAAGGAUCCAGACGAGAUAGCCGUGCGCUACCGCAAGAUCAAGGACGCAUGCGCCACCCUCUCCCGCUCGCCGUCGCGCUACAUCGCGGCACUCUGUGCGACGCUAAACCAGAUUCUCCGCGACGAAUACGAGAACCUCGUCGUCGAGACCGAGGCGAAGGUCCUCCGGCGCGACGCGAGCCUCGUCGCGAGCGGGUCCUUCGUCCCGCUCUCCUCCAUCCGCGCCACCUUCGCCGAGUGGGACGCUCCGCUCGCUGCCCUCGAGAAGCUCAUCGAGGACCUGCAGGACAAGCGGUACGCGCAGCCGGGGCCGCUCGUCGACCUGCUCCUGACGCGCUCGCACACGGGUAUACACCGGAUAGCGUCGAUCUACUCUCGGCUGUGUGAUGCGGUACAGCGCGUCUGGAUCGCCCAGCUGCAGGCGUUCGUCGUGCAUGGGACCGUGUCGGACAAGGACCCGCUGGCAUCGAAGGACUACACGCUGCUUGAAGGGUCUGUCCCAUCGUGCCUGUCCGCACAGUCGAGAGAGUCUAUAGCGUACGUCGGCCGCGCCAUCGGUACUGUGAAAGCGGCGAAGUGGAUACGCCAGUUCCCUCGCAUCCUAGCUGUCGAGCAUACGCAGUUACUAGAAACAGUCUUGCCGCAAGAUCAGUACGCAUUUGAUCGAGUCAUUGCAGACAUCAGGACGACAGUCAGUGAGUGGCUUUGGCACAACGUCUUGACCCGCAAGGACGUUGAGGUCGCCGUUGAUUCGCUCGCCAACUAUUUCCUGCUCAGGAAUGGAGAGUUUGCGCUGUCCCUUAUUAGAGAGAUUGAGCGGCUCAAGAUCUCACGGCUGACCGGUCGGUCGGGGCCAUCAACCAUGAUCAGGGAACAAGACCUACAGCUCGCACUUCUCCGUGCCUCGCUAGGCACAACAGCCCAACACGAUCCAUCUCUUUCCCACUUGCGCUUCCGCCUCCCCUCGGGACCCCUCCGACCCCUGCUCCCAUCCCUGAUCACCGCGCCCGUCCUGCCCAAAGACCAGUCUACCUCCCUCUCACCCUCGGAGCCCACCGUGUUCGACGACCUCCUUCUCGGCACGCCGCUCGUGCUCGCAUACAGCGUCUCGUGGCCGCUCGAUCUCUUCUUGCACACGUCGGACCUGCAGGCGUACGGUGCGCUCUUCGCGUACCUCUCCGCGUUGCGCAAGACACACACACGCGUCCACACAUGCUGGACCGCGCUCUCGAACGCACAGCGGGCGCGGCGGCGCUGGACAGGGCUCGGCGAGGGCGGUACCGAGGAGGAUCUGAACGCGCGCAAGGAGCUGCUGCGCUGCGGGUGGGGUGUCGUGCGCGAGAUGAGCUGGUUCCUGGACACGCUGCUGGGAUAUGUGAUGACGGACGUUGUGGAUGUGGAGUUCAGGAGGCUCAAGGGGAUGCUGCUCGAGAAGACGUCGGACGUCGUGAAGCACGCGACCGGCGGCCAGUCUAUUCCGGCGCCUGGCAGCGAGGGAGCUGACGGACAGAUCGAGGCUUCGCAUUCUGCGUCUACCCUGCCUGCGUCACAGAGUAGCUCCUCGAACGCCGGAUCAACCAGCCUCGAUUUUACCACACUGCGUAACAUUCAUACGACCUACCUGGAGCGUCUGAUCACAGGCAGCUUGCUGUCCAACCCUCCGCUGACAGCCAUCAUCCGUAUGAUUCUCGAGACCUGUGAGCGAUUUGUCGCGCAGGCCGAGAGAUGGGGCGGAGACAUUCUACCUGAGCUCUUGUCCGAAGGUAGUCUGGCUGGCGGUGGCGAUGUGGGCAAGAUGGUCAAAGAAAGAAAAGUCAUCGUCGCAGAGGUCAACGAGACAUUGCACACGCUGCUUGGAACAUUCUACGAGCAGCUCUCGCUGUCCACGACACAGCAGCCAUUCUCGGCGACUGCGGACGCGUCAAAGUCGGUGCUAUAUAGCGUGAGCAUGGCGAACACGACUGGCUUCCACACGUUCCUCCGACCGAAGCGAGGACGGCGCCUCGAAGGGGACGACGAGGUUCGCCGACACGUGGAACGCCUGCUGUUGCGCCUGGACUUUAACGGUGGAUUCUCCAUGCCCAAAACGGGUGGUAAUGCAGGGUCAAAUGACGGCGAGGAGAUCUUGAAGCAGGGGGGCUUGACGUAG